AUGGCUUCCGCAGGCCGGAGAGACAACUACCAACAACCGUCCCUCGAGGACGAUGACAUGAUAGAUCCCGAUGAUGCCGACCUCAACGACUUCGACGACCCCCUCCAGCCAUCCUCCUCGCGCGCCCCACUCACAGGCAACAUCGGCUCAUCAUCAUCGCAACAGCAAGGAGGCGGCGGCAGCAUAAGCCAGGACUACCUGACGUCCCGCAUAGGCGGCGAGGACCGGCGCGCGCCGCAGAACACGAUCGACGAGUCCGUCUGGGAGACGCUGCGGCGCGACCUGCUGGCGGUGUGGAGCAAGAUGCGCGAGGUGCUGUGGCCGCGGUACCUGCUGGGCGGGACCAUGUUCGAGUCGUCCGAGGGCCUCAGGGGCGCCUACGCCAACCUGCGGGGCGCGGGGAUAGCGGGCGCGCGCGAGGAGCUCGCCGGCCUCGCCGGCCGCGUCAUGGACACCGAGGCGCUGCUGCAGAACAACAUGACCCCCGGCCUGCGCGACUGGGACCUCUGGGGCCCGCUCAUCUUCUGCCUGCUGCUGAGCAUGCUGCUCAGCUUCAACGCGGGCGUCGACCAGCGCGACGAGGUGUUCAGCGGCGUGUUUGCUAUGGUCUGGAUCGGGGAGGCGGUCGUCACGCUGCAGAUUAAGCUGCUGGGCGGGAACAUCUCGUUCGCGCAGAGCGUCUGCAUCAUUGGCUACACGCUCUUCCCGAUCGUCAUCGCCGCCCUCCUGUCUGCGCUACACCUGCCCCAGAUCCCCCGGAUCCCGGUCUAUUUGGUGCUCGUCGCCUGGUCCAUGGCGGCUGGCGUCAGCAUCCUCGGCGGCAGUGGAGUUGUGAAGAACCGGGUUGGGCUUGCGGUGUACCCUCUGUUCGUCUUCUACCUGGGCCUUGGCUGCCUGUGCUUCAUCAGCUAG